UGAAAUGAUCACAACCGUCAGAUCCUUUUGAAUUUUCUGGAAACAUAAAAAUUCGAAUCAUUCGACCAUUGAACUAGAGAAAAGUCGGUGGAAACCAGGAAUCGUUUUGGAGUACUUAAUUUUUUUUCCAACUCGAUCUCCGAUCAUACCCAAUUAAUCAUAAUAAGGGGCUUUUGAAUUUUGAGGUUUUAGAGGUUGGGAGAUGGCAAGUGGAUUUGGGGAGUCGACCACAAGCGUGCCAUCCCAAAGCUCGUCUUUCUCAGGCAAUAAUGGCAAUGACGCGGCCGAUUUCGAAUGCAAUAUCUGCUUCGAAUUGGCUCAGGACCCAAUUGUAACUCUUUGUGGCCACCUCUUCUGUUGGCCAUGUCUAUACAGAUGGCUCCAUCAUCACUCUCAGUGCCAGGAAUGCCCAGUUUGCAAGGCCCUAGUACAAGAGGAAAAGUUAGUUCCUCUCUAUGGAAGGGGCAAAACACAGAGUGACCCGCGAUCAAAGUCCUUUCCUGGUAUUGAUAUUCCUAGCCGUCCGGCCGGUCAAAGACCCGAAACUGCUCCUCCCCAGGAUGCAAAUCAGUUUAACUUCGGCAAUUAUGGGUUUGGAUUUAUGGGGGGUUUUAUGCCAAUGGCGACGGCUAGGAUUGGUAACUUCACGCUUUCUACUGCCUUUGGUGGUCUGAUUCCGUCACUAUUCAAUAUUCAUUUCCAGGGUUUCCCGGAUGCUACUGUGUAUGGACAGACUUCUGGUUUUCCCUAUGGAUUUCAUACAUUUCAUGGAGGUCAUGCUCACAGGUUCCACCAGCCAAUAGUUCGGGGACAGCAGGCCGAUAAUGUUUUGAAGAAUCUCUUUCUUCUGAUAGGUGUUUUUGUGAUCAUUGCUCUUCUUUGGUGGUAAUCUUUGUUUUCCGCAUAAACUUAAAAGUAAUUAUGGUUUUCUACAGUCGGUGAUGUUAUGAUUGUAUAUACGAGGUGCUUGGUGACUUCGUUUGAAAUCGUCAAUUCGGUCUUACGGUAAUUUGAAAACUGGACUUGUAUUCGUUUCUUAACUGACAUGCAAUCUCUCUCUCUCUCUCUCAUUCA